GGAGCGUGCACAUCGUUUCGUGUCUGUUAUAGACUUAAAAAUGCGUUACGUGGCCGCUUACCUACUUGCUGCCCUUGGUGGCAAAACCAGCCCCUCAGCCGGCGAUAUUAAAAGCAUCUUAAAAAGCGUUGGCAUUGAUGCAGAUGAUGAACGUGUCAAAAAGGUGAUUGGUGAACUCGGUGGAAAAGAUCUUGAUGAUGUUGUGAACUCUGGUCUUGCCAAGCUUUCAUCUGUACCAUCUGGGGGCGCUGCCGCUGCAGCUCCUGCAUCUACUCCAGCCGCCGGAGGAGCUGCACCAGCAGAAAAGAAAGAAGAAGAAAAGAAGGAGGAAUCUGAAGAGUCUGAUGACGACAUGGGCUUUGGAUUAUUUGAUUAAAUCCUUUUUGUAAAAAAAAUAAAACAGCAACUUUCUAUCAAA